AUGUUCUUUUUCCUUUUCAUGAAUUUUUUUCACUUUAUAAUUGAAUCUACCAAACCUAUCUAUCUAUCUAUCUAUCUAUCUAUCUAUCUAUCUAUCUAUCCGUCAUUUAUUAUUAAACUUAAUCAAAUAAAUUAUGUUUAUUCUUUUUAUCUAAUUAUUUUUGGUAAUAAUCUAUCUAUCUAUCUAUCUUUCUAUCUAUCUAUCUAUCUAUUUUUUCUAAUUCUUUUAUCUCAGUCUGUAAUCUAUCUAUUUCAAAAAUUAUUUAUAUUAUCUAUCUAUCUAUCAGUCUAUCUAUCUAUCUAUGUUCGCAUCUAUUUUUCGUUUAAACGCUCCUCUCUCUCUAUCCAGCUAUCUAUCUAUUGGUUUCCCUCCCUUCUCUCUCUUUAUCUAAGUUUUUUUUAUUUUAUCUAUCUAUCUAUCUAUCUAUCUAUCUAUCUAUCUAUCUAUCUAUGUUCGCAUCUGUCUAUCAAGAUCGCCUUCUCUCUUUCUAUCCAAUUAAAUUAUCCUUAG